AUGAUUGAAAUAAUCUUUCUUUAUUUAAUAACUUUAAAUGGUAUUGAAAGUAUUGUCAAACAAGUACCACCAGAACGACGAAUUGAUUGCUUGCCAAAGCCAGGAGCUGAUAAAGCUACGUGCUUAUCCCACAAAUGUAUUUGGGAUGAUGAAUAUUAUUCCGAUACAACUAUUCCAGCUUGCUACUUUCCAUCAGAUACAGGAUAUAUUAUUGUUCAAAAAUCUAACUUAUCGUUAAAAUUGCAAAAGACAAAAGAUGCAGCAUUGAAUCCAUAUGGUACUGAUGUGCCAGAAAUCGCAGUACAAAUUACAAAUUCUCACUCGGUCCUAAAUGUGCGAAUUGGUGUUAAAGGAAGAUACGAGCCAACAGUGCCUUUACCAAGAGCCUGCAGUUCAAAAGAACAACAUUUUACUACAGAAAUUCCCAGCGAAUCUGAACUUUUUACACUUCGAAUUCGUCGUAUCACAACGGGACAACUGAUUUGGGAUACCUCAAUUGGUGGUUUACUUUUUGCUGAUCAGUAUAUUCAAAUUGCAACUUUUUUAUCGACUGAUAAAAUUUAUGGAUUUGGUGAACACGUUCAUCCAAGCUUGAAGCAUAAAUUCACAAAAUAUACAACAUGGCCAAUGUUUGCAAGAGAUCAGCCACCUGAUCCGGAAAAUCCAUAUCGCAAUUUGUAUGGAGUGCAUCCAUUUUAUCUUGGCUUAGAAAAGGACAAUAAUGCACAUGGUGUACUUCUUUGGAAUAGUAAUCCACAGGAAAUAACAACAGGACCUGGGCCUCAUUUAAUAUAUCGCUUUAUUGGUGGAAUAAUUGAUGCGACAUUUUUCCCAGGACCAAAGCCAGAGCAAGUUAUACAGCAAUAUCUUGAAUAUAUUGGCCGACCAUUUCUUCCAGCUUAUUUCGCACUCGGAUUCCAAUUUUGUCGAUAUGGUUAUAAAAGUUUGACUGAAAUGAAGGAGACAAUUGAAAAAAUUGAAAAUUCCAGUAUACCAAUCGAUGUGGUAUAUGCAGACAUUGAUUAUAUGGAACGGUAUAAAGAUUUUACUGUCGCAAAAGAACAUUGGUCAAAUUUUAAAGAAUAUGCUGAUGAACUACAUAAAAAUGGAAUGCACUUAUUGCUUAUUUUCGAUCCUGCAGUGCAAGUUAAUUAUUCCAGCUUUCAGAGGGCAAUUGAAAAAAAUGCCAGUUUUAUAGAAUGGGAAAAUUAUGAUCAAGUACAACAUGAGAUUCAGAACAAAUAUCCGUUAAUAAAAGAUACAAAGAUAAUGCUUUCGGUUGUAUGGCCGGAUUGGCAUGUUGCUUUUCCUGAUUUCCUCGAUCCAGAACCGUCGACCGCAGAAUGGUGGAUUGAGGAAUUUAAGCGUUUCCAUCAAAUGCUUCCAUUUGAUGGCAUCUGGAUCGAUAUGAAUGAACCGGCUGCUUUUGGCACUAAUGAAUAUCAUCCAUUUUAUUUUGAUGAUCCGGACAGACCAGCAAAGAUAAUACCACUUAAAUGUCCUCUCAAUGAUGCAACAUCGAAAUAUGACAACCCUCCUUAUGAAACUUGGAACUCUUAUGCCUACAAUUUUGCUGAAGCUGCACAAAUGAUAGCGACUGAAAAGGCUCAGCAUGCAGCAACAGGGAAACGAGGUCUAAUUUUAUCCAGAUCUACAUUUGUUUCCUCGGGUCAUUACGGUGGCCACUGGCUCGGUGACAAUAGUGCUCGUUGGAUUGAUUUGAGAGCUUCCAUUAUUGGCAUCCAAGAAUUUAAUUUGUUUGGUAUGCCAUACAUUGGAGCGGAUAUCUGCGGUUUCAAUGGAGAAACAACCGAGGAAUUGUGUUUACGAUGGCAACAACUCGGUGCAUUUUAUCCUUUCUCAAGGAAUCACAACGAAAAAGGUGUAACAAGCCAGGAUCCAUCUCGAUGGCCAGAUGUUGCAAGAGCCACUCGAAAUGCUAAUCUUUUCCGAUAUUACUACCUUCCAUAUCUCUAUAGCUUAUUGUUCGAUGUCUCAUUAUAUGGCGGCACUGUUAUUCGACCAGUUUUUUUUGAAUUCACUUCUGACUCAGAAACUCAUGAUCUCGGGGAACAAUUUAUGUGGGGAAAUGCAAUGAUGAUUAUUCCUGUAUAUCAACCAGGCGCUACGUCUGUGUCUGGUUAUUUGCCCUCGGCAAUAUGGUAUUCUCUUCGAGAUUCUGAUUAUGGCACACUGAUAAAAUCAGGCCACAAUGAAUUCAGGGCACCGAGGGAUGAACUUAUCCCUGUUUUUGUUAAAGGUGUGACUUAUCAGAAAUUUUGA